AUGCCUUCUCCGGAUAGCCAGGUGGCCGAUGCCCCUGUGCAAGAAACCGAAACCCGGGAUAAUCCUCCGCAAGAUGCGACUACCUUGCCGGAACAUGGUAACAUAGGGGUUCAAGGGGAUGGGAGCUCUACGGCGAACGCGACUUCCAACGGACAAAUCGUUAAUGGCUCCGCCCCAGCAGCUGCAGCAGGAGAAGGGACACAAGAGAAACAACGAACGAUAGAACCUUCUGGGGUACCUAAUACACAUGCCCUCGAAGGGCCAAUAUCAAAGGUUCCAAGCCAGCCGCAAUCACCAAAUUCUACAAUCUCACAGGCAAGCGGCGCCACACUCAGCCGAAAACGAUCUCGAUCGGGUUCGAUAAUACGCUCUACGUCCCCUCCCCCACCAUCCUCAGCCCUUCCUGUCCGCCCCCGUGAAACUCCUGCCGAUAAAAUAUUACUUGAACAAUAUGUCAAUCGAGAAUUUCACCACUCUGGGCUAAUGGCCUGGAAGAACCCGCACCAGGAGCUUCUCCAGAAAAAGCGCGCCGAAAGAGACUACUAUCUGUCUUUACAGCAUGAGCGCCGGCUGAAUCCUGGCGCAAUAUUCGGACCUGGAUACGAAGGCUACGGAAACGCGCGGACUGACCUAAAAUCCCAACAUCCCCAGCUUCUUUAUCCCUCCCAUCGAAGGCGACCAGGUGGGAGGAAAUCGAAGGAUCUUCGUAUAUCGCGAGAUGAUAUGCUCGCGCAGGCAGAACAGCUCGAGGACUUGGUUCCCAUCCGGUUAGACAUCGAUUGGGACAAGAUUAAACUGCGAGACACCUUCACCUGGAACCUCCAUGAUCGAGUCACGCCGCCAGAUGUAUUUGCAGAGAAACUAGUUGAGGAUUUGCGUCUUCCUCUCGAGUCUUGCGCGCCACUAGUGCGCCAGAUCUCCCAAAGCAUCCAAGACCAGCUAGCCGACUUCUACCCUCAAGUAUUUAUAGAGGAAGUGGCUUUAGAUCCCCACCUCCCUUAUCACGCGUAUAAAAAUGAUGAGAUGCGCAUCCUCGUCAAACUCAACAUCACUAUCGGCCAGCAUACUCUAGUGGACCAAUUUGAAUGGGAAAUCAAUAACCCACUUAAUUCACCAGAGGAGUUUGCAAUUCAAAUGACGAAAGAUCUCUCCCUUCCAGGAGAAUUUACUACUGCUAUCGCCCACUCCAUCAGGGAGCAGAUUCAACUAUUCACCAAAAGCUUAUAUAUUCUGUCACACCCCUUCGACGGUCGACCGAUCGAGGAUCCAGACCUUAAAGCAUCCUUUCAACCAUCUCCCCUCCUUUCGCCCUUCCGCCUCUUCCAAUCCGCCAAGGAUUUCACACCCUACCUUUACGAGCUUAACGAAGCCGAGAUUGAACGUACAGAAGUCUCCAUCUCUCGGGAACAACGCCGGCAAAAACGCUCCGUCAACCGGCGUGGUGGUCCUGCUUUGCCUGAUCUUAAAGACCGCCAACGAACUAUCCGCACACUGGUUGUAUCUUCUGUUAUACCUGGAGCAGCAUCUUCAAUAGAAGAGAGCCGCUUGUUCAAGCGCUCGGGUACCAGCCGGAGCAGACGCGCAACUGCCGGCCAGCGGGAUGGAGGUGAUGAAUCAGACGAUUCUGAUAGCGACGAGUCGUCUGCGGACUCGCCGGCAGUAUCUCACCUUUCCCAAGGCACCGCCAGGACGAGAGGCAUGAGAGGUGCCGCGUCCGUUGCACAGGCUGCAAUGCGCGCCAAUCUCGUCCGGUCUGCCACCCCAGAAGUCAUGAGCCUCCACGAACCGAGAACCUCAGCUCGACAUCGCGAUUACAGGGACGAGAGCUCUGACGUGCCUGAUAAACUCAUCGUGAAAUUGAAAAUUGGCCGCGAAAAACUCCGCCAAUUCUUAAAGGACAUAAAGAGCAACAAGACGCAUAAAUCCUCAGCCGCAAGGGGAUCCACGCCAUCUACGGGCACGAAGAAUGUAGCUCAGACGACAGCCACAACAACAACUACUCGCAGCUCCAUGGGUCCGCCGCAAUCCCAAGCUCCUCAGCCAACACCACCAAAACGUCCCUCCGCAUCGCAGCUUAACGGUGUAAUCGAUGCACCUAACCCCCCUCAACCAGGGGUCCCAGGGCCUCCACCCCCAUCCUGGCUCGUCCGUGGUUUAAAUAAUCUCAAACGCUCCUACCCCCGUGACUCUUUCGAAGGUACCAUGCGAUACACAGCCGUAGACCCGCACACCGGCCUCCCCCUCGCAAACGCCGCAACCACCCAUGCAGGCCAGAAGCUGACAUAUAAAUAUUUCCCGCGCAUCCGCUGCCACGAUUGUCCCGGGAAACUAUACACACCCGGCCCAGCGAUGACUGUAGAUAAUUUCGAGGUUCAUUUAAAGAAUCGCCAGCAUAAGGAGAGGGUGGAGGAGAGGCAUGCGAAGGCGGCGGCGGAGGCGGAGGCGGCGGCAGGUGGUGCUGCUGGCGCUGGCAAUGCUGCUCCUUCUGCCCCUGGCACCAGUACUGGUGAAGAAGCGGGUGCUGGGGAUGGUGCCGGAGAAAAUACUACGGUUUCCGGUAUCGAUGCCACUGCAGCUACUGCUACCGGAACCACUGCGUCGUCUGCCGAUACUGCCUCGUAG